CUGCAAGAAAGCAACGUGCAAGAAAAAAAGCAUUCGUGCCCUCCUCUCGUACGCCGAGGACGCUCCAGAAAUCAGUCACAACGCCAACCACGUACACGAUGGCACCGAGUCGCGACUUCCGUUCCUUCCUCUGCUGAUGAGGGUACUGUGGAAGACCUGUACCAGGACUAUCAAGGACCUCAUCGAGUCGGACAUAGAGUACUGCCGGUGAACGCUGGGGAUUGUUGACAGAGAAGGUGGAUUCCGCGGGUUCGGUGGCUGUUUCUGAUGCAGUAAAGGAAUCCCUGUGGGCCCUCCUGGCUUCUCUAUCAUGUCAGUUGCGACAUGGCUCUUCAUCUUAGGGUCGUCCGUCCUCUCUGGUGUCCAAUGUGGCGAAGAAAAUUCGCUACUGUGGGAAGAGUCGUCUGCUGCACCACGGGUGACGUUUUCCCACGACUACGAAGUCAGCAACGAUGAGGCUGAAAUAUGUCCUGAAACCCGACCUGGGCAAGAUGACUUACCAGGGUUCGAUCUCAUCCGAAAGUUUCGCCUGGACGACGUGCAAAUCGACUUCCCAGGAGUCCGAAGAGUUGUGGGCUCUAACAGGAUGCAGACGGCUUAUAGGUUCUCUAAGAAAGCUGAACUCACACUUCCAACAAGGGUUGUGUUUCCGUUGGGUAUGCCAGAAGAAUUUUCAUUCGUAUCGACCUUCCGCAAGCGGAACACGCGCCGUGAUUCCUGGUACUUGAUGCGAGUGUCGGACCUCCAAGGUAUGCUCCAGUUUGGAGUCAGCAUCGACGGCAGAAAGCAUCGCUUACAUCUUUACACGUUGGGCCAUAACAAGGAACUCAGUACGUUGAGUUUCGAAGAUGUCAGGGUCGACGACCAAGAGUGGCACAAGAUCGACUUGAGCGUGUAUCGGGACCGCGCCCAUUUGUACGUCGACUGUGAGAGACACUCCAGCCUUUCUCUGGAACCCAGAGGACCCAUCGAUCUCAAUGGAGACAUCAACCUGGCAAAAUUCGAAAACGACCUCACAACUGUGCCCAUAGACUUGCAGUGGAUGGUGACGAGCUGCGACCCGACGAGGCCCGAAAGGGAAUCGUGCAUUGAAUUACCGGAAAAGAAACCCCCAACCCUACCCCCUACGCUUCCGCCACCACCACCUCCACUUCCAGACGAGAAUGUGUGCAUCGAGUGUCCAGCCGGAGAACCGGGCAUCAAUGGGACAGACGGUGCUCCAGGAUCCCCUGGACCACAAGGACCUCCGGGUAUUCCUGGUCUAAACGGCGUUAAGGGCGAGACUGGUUCUCCCGGAUCACCAGGACCCAGGGGACCACAAGGAUUGCCUGGAGCAGUGGGGCAUCCAGGAACUUCGGGUAAUAUUGGCAGCCCAGGUCCUCCCGGCUUAAGUGGUGCAAAAGGACAAAAAGGAGACGACGGCAUUCCUGGAGAAGCGGGCGCACCGGGCCUGCCAGGAGUGAUGGGGCCCAGAGGUCUUCAAGGGCCACCAGGGAGUACUGUUGUGACUGAAGGCUCCAUAGGACCUCCCGGCGAUCCAGGUCCUCCAGGACCAAUGGGCGAACAGGGACUUCAAGGCUUACCAGGACACAUAGGUCCUCCAGGAAAUAAGGGUGAGCCUGGCGAACCAGGAGUUCAAGGAAAGACUGGACCACGCGGACCUCAGGGCGAAACUGGGCCUCGAGGAGAUCCCGGUGAACAAGGUCUACGUGGACCACAGGGCCUACCUGGCAGAGACGGAAUCCCAGGACCUGCAAUAGAGGGAACAGCUGUGCCGGGUGCUCCUGGAUUGCCCGGUGAACCAGGGGAUCCUGGCCCACCUGGACCUUCGGGUCCUAAGGGUGCACGAGGAGAAACCGGGUUCCAAGGAAUCGAAGGCGAAAAGGGCGAAACAGGCCAGAGGGGGCCGAUUGGUCUUCCAGGACAGGACGGUAUGAAGGGUGACAAAGGAGAGAGAGGGUUCCAAGGAGACCUUGGGCUGAAAGGCGAGCGAGGACUCCCUGGAACUCCAGGUCUGAGAGGAGAGCCAGGACUUAUCGGAUUUCCUGGACCCGUUGGAGCUCAGGGGGCUCCCGGUACCACUGGACAGAGAGGCGAGAAGGGGGAACGGGGUGAGCCUGGCCUACCAGGAGAAGUGGCACAAGCUGGGGAACAGGGUCCUCCAGGGCUUCCUGGACCUAGAGGCGAGUCUGGACUCGACGGAGCCAAAGGUGAACCCGGCUUGCCUGGCCCCGUCGGCUUGCAAGGUCCACCUGGACCUCCUGGACCUCCAGGGCGACCGGGGCAGCAAGGUGACGAAGGGUCAGAGGGUCCUCCAGGUGCCAAGGGCGACGCGGGAGACCGAGGACUUGAAGGGCCGCCUGGCCAACCAGGUGCGCCAGGACUUCCCGGUCCAAUGGGACAACCUGGUCCAAAAGGUAACUUUGGUGACAAAGGAAUACCGGGUCCGGAAGGUCCGAGAGGUCUCCCAGGACCGCAGGGUAUACCUGGAGCCACGGGAGCACCCGGACUUCAAGGGCUUCCAGGGCUAAUGGGACCUAUGGGACCUCAGGGAUCAGAGGGACCAAUGGGACCACCAGGACCAAAGGGUGAAUGUGUAUACCACACACAGGAGGAAUACCAAAUUGGGCCAGGAAGGCCGGGGGCAACAGGAUCAGUUGGACCUCCAGGACUUCCAGGCGAACGUGGAGCGCCGGGGGCACGUGGUUUACCAGGUCAUCCUGGACAAGUGGGCAUGCCAGGUUCUUCGGGAGCACCUGGCGUCCCUGGAACACCAGGGAUGAGAGGACAGCCCGGGAUGUCUGGUCUUCCGGGACCUCCGGGACGAGCAGUAACAGAGGAAGAAUUGCGAGAAGUGUGCGCGGCUGUGCUCAGAGAACAACUGGCCGAACUGACAGCGAAAAUGCGCGGCCCUCCCGGUCCCCCUGGAAGAGGCAAACCGGGUCGACCGGGAUCUCCGGGGCCUCAGGGACCUGCAGAUCGCAUGUCUGAACUUACGCUUGGCCUUCGUGGGCCACGUGGCUUCCCCGGACGCGGAAAGCAAGGAAGGCCCGGAAAACAUGGCGUUGUUGGAAUACCAGGUGAUCCCGGUACACCUGGACUCCCUGGCGAGCGGGGCUUCAUGGGUCUACCUGGAAUGCCCGGCGCACCAGGGCCGGCAGGCCACACAGGUGAGAAAGGAGAGAAGGGUGACAGAGGCCCAGAAGGUGUAGGCAUCGAAGGACCCAUCGGUCCACGAGGAACACCAGGAUCCCCAGGUCCACCAGGAAUCGGCAUCCCCGGACGACCAGGAGAGCGAGGAGCUCCAGGACGUUUGGGUGCCCCAGGGCCACGAGGAGGGCCCGGAGUCCAGGGACCACCAGGCUACUGCGAAAUGUGCAACUAUCCCAAUGCCGACUUCGUCAACACGUUGCACCUAAAUGCGCUUCAGAAUACAAAAGGGCCAUCUGCCAAAUAAACCCUACAUAUUUUC